UCAUAAAACCCGUCUUACGGAAUCAGCAGCGAGCUCCUUUCUAUGAGGACUACAUUUCCCACAAUGCACUUUCGCAACCCUGGCCACGCUUCCCUCUCCCCGGCAUCGUUCUGUUUAGUCCUGAGCAGGCGGUGGCUAGGACAGCCCUUUGGGUCCUCGAAGCGGAGCCUUCGCGUCGCGGAGAAUUGUGGGUCCUUCUCUUUCCUCCUGUGGAUCCGGGCGGCACGAUGGGCAAGUGUCGUGGGCUUCGUACAGCCAGGAAGCUACGCAGUCAUCGCCGGGAUCAGAAAUGGCACGACAAGCAGUACAAGAAGGCUCAUUUGGGUACUGCUCUAAAAGCCAACCCUUUUGGGGGCGCUUCACAUGCUAAAGGAAUUGUCCUGGAAAAAGUUGGUGUAGAGGCUAAGCAGCCAAAUUCUGCCAUCAGGAAGUGUGUCCGAGUCCAGUUGAUCAAGAAUGGCAAGAAGAUUACAGCUUUUGUCCCAAACGAUGGCUGUUUGAAUUUCAUUGAGGAGAAUGAUGAAGUUCUGGUUGCUGGCUUUGGUCGAAAGGGCCAUGCUGUUGGUGACAUUCCUGGAGUUCGUUUCAAGGUUGUCAAAGUAGCCAAUGUUUCUCUUUUAGCCUUGUACAAAGGCAAAAAGGAGAGACCCAGGUCAUAAAGUUCUUCUUUGUUACCAAGAUGAUCAAUAAAGUUUUCUCCUAAGAAAUGCC